GGAAAGGCUUGUACACAUUCAUACACAUCGGUGAACUCUUCUGUUCAUUCAGCAACUUUUCAGUGAUUAAAAUGUUAGAAUAUUGUGAACAUUGUAAUAUCCUAUUUGAUACGUAAGUGCAUUUGAAGGGUUUCUGUGAGGGGACACAGUACAGCGUGGCAGCUGGUUAUUUCAUUACAAAUAAAAAAUUAAAAUGAUGACAACGAUGGCAAAUCCAUGCAAUAUUUCUGCGGACCUGGAAAAGUACAAUGUGAAAGAGGCUCCUUCAGCUGUAUAUUACAUUCCAAAUUUCAUAACGGAGACUGAGGAGGAGCAUCUACUGCAACAGGUGUACAGAGCUCCCAAACCCAAGUGGACACAGUUAUCAGGGAGGAGGCUACAGAAAUGGUUUUUGAUUUCUGUUUUUAAUAUAUCAGGUGGGCUGCCAAAUCCCAAAGGAAUGCUUGCUGAAAAACUUCCUGAAUGGCUGAAGUACACCGAGAAAAUAUCUGCUCUUGGGGCAUUUGCUGGAAAGACAGCUAAUCAAGUGCUGGUCAAUGAAUACAAGCCUGGGGAGGGAAUUAUGCCUCAUGAAGAUGGACCACUGUAUCACCCCACUGUAACAGCUAUCAGUCUGGGCUAUCACACACUUCUGGACUUCUACAGGCCUGUUUGUCAGACACAGCUUGAAAUUCCUCAAACAGAAGAGAGCCGCUAUAUGUUAUCGCUGUUGGUACUGCGACAAAGUCUACUAAUUCUGCAGGAUGACAUGUAUAAAUGCUACCUCCAUGGUAUCCAAGGAGUUUGUGAGGAUACAUUGUCAGAGCAUGUGGUAAAUCUGUCCUCAGCGGGGGGCCAGGUGGGUGACACAUUGGCCCGCGGCACCAGAAUCUCCCUUACCAUCCGCCACAUUCUCAAAGUCAUCCGAGCCAAUCUGUUACUUGGCCAGAAGUGACACACCCAAGGACUUGCCUGAGCUUGUAACUAAAUAAACAGGUUACGCCUGUCUAAACCCUCUAAGCAAAGUGUGUAAAUGUAACACAAAAAGGCGGCUACACUGUAAGGAAGCCUGUAAGGAUGUCAUAAUUUGGAUGCUUUACUGGAUGGCGUUUAUGCUGCUUGAUUGAAAUUGAGUGGAGAAUCUUGAUCAUUUGGACAUCAGAAAACAGCAUCAACCUUAGUGCUGCUAACCCACAAGGGAUGUUUGUUCAUCUGUUCUCUUUUUGCACAGAACUUUAAAACUGUUUCAUUUGGACAGAAAGCAGAGCAAUACAAGACUGAGAAACAUUUCUUCCCUGAAGUCUCCCUGAAGCUUAAAUGUCUUUAAAGGUUGUCUAAUCUUGUGCAAACAUGUACAUUGACCAUGUUUCAGUGAAAAGAUGAAGCAAAAGGCUGCUUUGGCAACUGAAUAAAUAUACGGCGUA